UAAUCGCAGACCGGGCGCUUCGCUUAGUUAUCAACUUAAGGGAAUCUGAGAACAUGAUACUACUAAGUGGCCUUAUAACAUGCGCCUGCAUAUUCAUUUGCGCAGCUCAAGGCAAUGCUCACCUCCAGAGAACCACUCCAGGUUUCUAUCCAAAGGUUCCAUCAAGUAACCUAGGGUCGGAAACAGGACCCCAGUACAAGUCCUGUGGCUCUCAAAGGGAGUGCGUGCCCCGUUGGCUGUGUGCAAAUGGCACUGCGAACACCGAUGGACACAACUUAAUUGAUAUUCGCAUUGAUACGGGCUCAGAGUGCCAAAGCUAUCUGGAGCAGUGCUGUGAUGUUCUAAGCAAGAGAGCGGAGUCCAUAUUUCCUACUGACCCUGAAACUCCCGAAGGCUGCGGAUACCAGAAUAAAAACGGCGUUGGCUUCAAAAUUACUGGAGCCGUGAGCCAGGAGGCCGAGUUCGGGGAGUUCCCUUGGAUGUUAGCCAUCCUUAUAGAAGAUAGAACGCGUAACGAAAACCUGUACGAAUGUGGGGGAGCUUUGCUAGCACCGAACGUGGUGCUGACUGCAGCUCACUGUGUUCGCAACAAGCAACCAGGAACCCUUAUUGUCAGAGCAGGGGAAUGGGAUACGAGUAGUUUUCAAGAAGUCCUCCCCCAUGAGGACCGGUAUGUGAGGCAAGUAGUGAGUCAUGAGCAGUUCAACAAGGGAGCCCUUCACAACGAUGUGGCCGUCAUGUUGCUGGAGAGCCCCUUUACGUCCCAAGCAAACAUCCAGCCUGUUUGCCUGCCGCACGUCGGUGAAAUCUUUGAUUACGAUCGUUGCUAUGUGACCGGUUGGGGUACGACCAAAUUCGGCCAGGCGGGGCAGUACCAAGUGAUCCUGAAGAAGGUGGACUUGCCAGUGGUGCCAGCACAACAGUGCCAGUCGAGCCUGCGCGAGACCCGCCUCGGAAGGCUCUUCGACUUGCAUGACAGCUUCAUCUGCGCUGGCGGAGAAGGGGGUAAGGACACUUGCAAGGGCGACGGAGGCUCCCCCUUGGUGUGUCCCAUUAAGGGCCAGAAGGAUCGAUUUGUGUCUGCCGGCAUUGUCGCCUGGGGAAUCGGCUGUGGGCAACAGAACAUCCCCGGGAUGUAUGCCAACGUGGCCAAACUUCGUCCAUGGAUUGAGGAAAAGUUGAGAUUUUGGAAUAUCGACCCCAAACAUUAUACACCCUAAAACCAGUUUUAAUAACUGCAGUUAAAUCACCUAAUAUCUAGUUUCUAUGUGUGGAGAAAAACAUAAAUAAAACUAUGGGUGGGAUUUUCAUUUAAGAUUUUGGUAAA